AUGACUGCUGUUAACGACACCGACUCCAAGAAACACGAUGAGCCCGUACAGGAAACCGAGAGAGGCUCUAAAGAGACCACUGCUAAGUCCGAGAACGCAGACGCUAACCCAGAUAGGAGAAACAAUAGCAACAAACAACAAAUUGAGUCCAUCGCCAUUCAGAUCCUCUCACCAGGACUACCGUUAUUAAAGCCAGUGUUUGAAGAGGCGUUGGCACGUAGUAAAACAAUAGAAGAGCAGCAAAAAGAUCUCAUCGCUAAGAGAGAACAGGGUGUCUCUGAACGUGCUGACCAAGAAUCGUUUCCACCACUCGAUUCAGUAGGAGAAGACCUUGCUGAUAAACCGCAACAACCAAGAUCAGCCACUCGUUUGCCCAACAAGUCUUUGAAGCGUCGUAAUGCGCCGCCUCCUUUGAACAUAGCCAAUGGGAACCAUAUAUCCAACCCCUCUAUCAGAUCCGCUCCAAUCCGAACCAAUUUGCACUACACGCAACAGGGACAAGGAGCAGGUCCCGAGAGAUUCCGGAAACGUAGACUGCCUUUUAGCGGACAACCACCAUUAACAUCUGUUCCUCAGGGCGGAUUUAGAAGUUAUCCCUUCCCGCAAGCGCAGCCUACAGCAGGGUUCGCACCGAUGCCUUUCCCAGUCUAUGGACCAGAACCUCAUUAUAUUGUUCCUCACAGCGCACUAAUGGCGCAGGGUUGCAUAGUUCCCAAUAAUGUGGCACCGGGAGUCGUGAAGCAAAGUAGACAACCGCCAAUGGGAAACCAGCAACCUCAGCAGGUAUACACUAGCGCAAGGCAGGCACCGAUGCGUCAUAUUAAAAUGCAGGUGCAACAAGAGUCACCGCAUGUGACGGAUGUAUUUUCAAACGAUACCAAGAAAGUUGCUCCGUUAACCUCCCAGCCGUUAAGCGCUCAGCAAGAGACAUUUGCUUUUUUUGGGGAGAAUGAAAAUUUGGUAGAAAAGGACAAUAGUGAUUCCAACGAGAAAGAGGAUAAAGAAGAAGAGGGUGAUGGUGAUGUAGAGUCCAGAGCAAUCGAAGAUGAAUAUAAACCUUCUACAAAAGCCAGAAACAUUGAGGGUGAACUUCGAAUCGAUAGUGAACAGUUUGCAUUCACUUUCCAGACAGGAGGAGAUCCAGAAACGGAUAAAACGAACUUUAUCAAUACCAUUUGUGCUGCUUGGGAUGAAUAUAGAAAGAAUUUAGGGUAG